AGCCCGAAGUAACGAUGUCGCCAUCCGUGAGUGCAAUCGCACUACUGUGCGUCCUUUCGCUCUUUCAAACCAGACACAUUUCGGCGUGUAACGGUGGCUACAAUUUUAUUAUCCAUCAAAUCGAAAACUGUGCUGGAAAGGGGCAGGUCAUCACGAUUGAUCCGAAAUCCACCGUCACGCUAAUGGAAAACUGCUCGGUCAAGUCCAAGUCCACCGUCACUACAACCGGUUUUAAACAGGCAAACAUGGAGGUGACGGUGACUAAGAACGGCCUGCCGGUGGUAAAGGAGACGGUCGAUCUGUGUGCCAGUCUAGAGGAUGCGGCCAACAACAAGGAAGCGAUGGAAAUCAUUACGAUGUUCGGUGUACCGGAUCACUGUCCGGUAGAGGCGGGUACCGUGAAGACAGACGAAAACCAAACGUAUAGCUUGGAGAAGUACAAACAACAUCUGCUCGUUGCACAGGGACGCUCCAUUAUCGAUGUGCUCAUUAAGCACGAUAAGGGCGAAAGCUGCUUCAAGAUAGACCUGGAAGUAGUGGCUCCCAAUCUGUUGGGUUAAUCCGCAUAGCAGUUCAAUAAAUAUUAGUUUAAUCGCCUGGCGAGAACAGAGCUCUAAAUUGAAUUCUUUCCUUAACAUUAACCAUCAUUGCAUGAUUUCAACAUUUGAUCCUGCUGCUAGAUAGAAACUAUAAUUUAAAAUGUGAAUAAACC